UUUAUUAUAAGAACCCCUUGUGCUUCAUUAGUGGAUCAUCAGCCAUAAACUAAAAUUCUUUCCUCUUUAUUCAAAAUGUCUCAACGAGUAAAACUUUCCACUCAUAUUUUACUAGUGUUGGCAUUACUGUUAUCAUCUUACAGCAUUGUUGUUUCUGCUGAUGGUUCUUCUUUUUCUUCAACUUUUAAUAAACAACACUUACAAGUAGUAGGUGUAGAACAAGAAGUAGAUGAUCUUUUGAAAUGGAAAUCAAGCCUUGUGAACAAAAAUCAUUCUCUCCUCUCUUCUUGGAAGAUGAAUUCUACUUGGAGUAGCACGACUCCAUGCAAGUGGUAUGGAAUCACUUGUAACAAUGAGGGAAACGUCGCAGAAUUGAAUGUAACAGGUUUGGGUUUACAAGAGGCGUUUCACGUAUAUCCGCAUCUGGAGAUAUUUGCUGUGAAUUACAAUAUGUUGUAUGGUGAACUCUCAAAAGACUGGGGGGAUUGUCAAAAUUUGACAAUGUUAUCUUUCUCAAUGAACAAUAUCACAGGCAGAAUACCUUCUGAAAUUGGAAAGUUGAAGAAUUUAGCUGAACUUUAUAUUCAUUCAAAUAAAUUAGUUGGGGAAAUUCCUAAGGAGUUGUUUAAACUGUCUUCAUUGAGCAAGUUGAUUUUGCAUCAUAACCGACUUUCCGGUAGUUUAUCCUCUGAAAUUGGAAUGUUAUCCAUCCUGCAAUAUCUCGACUUGUCAAAUAAUAAACUCAUCGGAUCAAUACCCAAACAAUUAGGGGAGUGUUCUAACUUACUAUCUUUGAAUUUGAGCUCAAACAAUUUUAAUGAUAGCAUCCCACCCCAGAUCGGAAACUUGGAGUCGUUACAGAUUUUGUUAGAUCUUAGUUACAAUGAGUUCAGCGGAGAGAUACCAUCAUCUCUAGAAAAACUAAGCAAACUGAUAACACUCGAUUUAUCUCACAACAAGCUUUCCGGAUCUAUUCCAGCUUCACUUGAUCAAAUGUUCAGCUUAACCACUGUCAAUGUUUCAUACAAUGAGUUGAGUGGUCCUCUUCCGGAUAUCAAGGCCUUUGAAGAUGCUCCAGUCGAUUCAUUGAAGAAUAACAAAGGGUUAUGUGGUAAUAAUUCUCGAGGUUUAAAACCAUGCAAUUCUUUGGUUAUGAUACGGAAAAAACAAGACAAGCAUAAGCUUUUGCUCGUGAUCCUACUUCCAUUCCUUAGUUCGUUGUUUCUUUUAUUCAUACUCUUCACCAUUUUGUUUCGCCUUCGAAAAAGAUCGGUAAGAAAUCUUGUGACUGGAAAUCAACCUAGUGGUAGCAAUACCGGAAGAAAUUUAUUUUCGAUUUGGAAUUACGAUGGGAAAAUAGUGUUUGAACACAUAAUUGAAGCAACCAAGAAUUUUGAUGCUAAAUUUUGCAUUGGAACGGGUGGAUAUGGGAGCGUUUACAAAGCAGAGCUAUCAACAGGUCAGGUUGUUGCUGUGAAGAAACUUCACUCCUCGGAUGAAGAUUAUGAGAUAUACGAUCUUAAGUCAUUUGAAAGUGAAGUUCAGGUAUUGACAGAAAUCCGGCAUCGAAACAUUGUGAAACUUUUCGGUUAUUGUUUUAAUCUUCAAAGUAAAAUCUCAUUUUUGGUUUAUGAGUUCAUGGAAAGGGGAAGUCUGAAAAAUGUUUUAUGCGAUGGGGAACAAGCUUUGGAAUUCGAUUGGAUAAAGAGGGUAAGAUUCAUCAAGGGAACAGCUGAUGCACUUGCUUACAUGCACCACGACUGCGUUCCAGCCAUAGUUCACAGGGACAUAUCUAGUAACAACAUUUUGUUGGACUCUGAAUAUGAUGCUCGAAUUUCUGAUUUUGGUACGGCGAGGAUUUUGAAGCCAGAUUCAUCCAAUUGGACUUCACUUGCAGGAACCUUCGGAUACGUUUCUCCAGAGCUUGCCUAUACAAUGAAGGUGACCGAGAAGUGUGAUGUUUAUAGCUUUGGGGUUAUCAUAUUAGAAGUACUAAUGGGAAGGCAUCCAUCUGAAAUCAUCACAUUACUCUCCCAACUUAAUGUUCCUUCAUCUUCCUCUUCCAGUAAGGUUGGGCAAAACGUAAGGUUGAGAGACAUCUUAGACCAAUGCAUUGGAGCACCCACAGAUAUUGUGAAGAAAGAAAUAAUGUACAUCGUGAAGGUUGGUUUUUCAUGCUUACGGAGUGUUCCAUGUACUCGGCCGACAAUGCAAGAAGUAUCGGUAGAUCUAUCAUUGUCAGCUCAUAGCAGGGCAGAUUUAGCCAAGCCUUUUGAAACCAUUUUUCUAGGAGAUAUACUGCUGUCAUAAUAAUUUUAAACUACCAAGUCAUCUUCUUAUUUUC